GCUGAUUGGAUGUAAUCAAGUGACGUCAGGUUACGGGAUAAGGAAGUCGUUGUUAGAAUAGCUGGCGGGGAGCUGUGAGUUGUUGUGAAACGCAGGUAUGGAAGAAAAUCACUUAAAGUCCAGACUGAAGCGAAAGAAGUCAACGGUCGAAGCUUCCGGGGGAGCACCGAAGAGGAGCCCGACACCGUCCAGCUACAACCCGGCAAAGACCGGUGGGCCGAUGCUUCCUGCAGGAGCGUGGUGGAACAGACAGCAGCUGCUUGCUGUGGAGAGUCUGUGGGCAUUCACACUCCAGGCUGCUCUGCCAUGCCUGGAGGAGCAGCUCUGGGACCAGGUUCCUGAUCUUCCACAUGCAUCUGCAGCGGAGGGGAAGAGAGAGAGAGACAGGAAGCGAGCAGCCUUCAUUGCCAAACCGGAAACGGGCAGUGAUUGGUUGAAGUGUUCCAUAGAGGAAGUGAAUCGCGUCCUCCAGGUCACUUUGAAGGAUGCUGAGGAGGUGAUCAAGAGACCUGCAGGACUUUGGGUGGAGGAACAGGGGUGGUGCGACCUCAGCAGUGAGGUUUCUACCUUCCCUGAACCCUCUCAUCUUUCUCUGAGUACGUCACAGAUCCCAGAUCCUGUCGGGCUCAGCUCCUCCCUGGAGGACCCCACAGCACACACCAGUGCUGUGCCAGAUCCACCUGUCAAAGGCCCGUCCUCCCACAGCAUGGAGAGCUCCACUCACUCUCCUCAAACCCUCAGCAAAACACGGCGGCCGUCCCUGCACAGCUGGGAGGAGGCGCUGCCAUCACCAGGAUCUUCCAGAGUUGGGAAGGAGGAGGGGAGGAAAGUGACUGGACCAGUCAGUAGGAAGCUUCCAACAUACUGGGUGAAGGUAUCUGACAGAGUUCCUCUGCCGAAUGAGAUCGAAGCUAAAAAGGAAGAGGAGGUGCAGGGGUGUGGCAAAAAAGAUGGAGGAGGAGGAGCAGGUGGAGGAGCAGGAGGAGGACUGCAGAGUUGUCCCAUGUGUCUCCAAGUGUUCCCUGCUGGGUUCACCCAGAUGGACUGCGAUGGUCACCUGGCCCAGUGUCUGUCUGAAAUGAAUGUGGACAUGACCUGGUAAGCUGAAGUGAUGCCGACGGUCCGGUUGCUGCUCCAGGGUCGUAUCACCCGGAGGAGGACGGUGCAGACAGCAGCCUGUGCACAGAACUCUACUGACUGAGCUGCACUGAGAUGAGGAAACCAGAGUCCACCUCUUCGGUGCACGAGCACACCAUGUUUUCAUGGCUGAUUAGUCGUACUGAGUGUUGUACACUUUACCUUAAAGCUCAGUAACAGACACUGUAACCUGUGUGUCUUCUUUUUUUCUUCUAAAAGUAACUGUAAUCUUUAUUAGCUUUGAGUUCAAGAUGAUCCGGUCGGCUUCAUUCAUGACGGCACUGCAGUGCACAUACACCCGCUCAAGUAGAGCUGUGCUCCCAUGGUCACCUACCCUGGUAUAGACUCUACAGCUAUCUAAUGCAGUUCUACAAAGUCAUGUUCUCCAUUUGUAUUGAUGAUGUGACUGCAGUGUAACACAUGAGCCUGACUAUUGUCAUUCAGUCCUGAUUCUUGCUGCCUGGAUUUCCACCUGCUGUUUCUAUGGUCCCAGGGAGCAGGUGCAAGCGGUGCUUUUACUGGACAAAUGUACAUGAUGUAUGAUCCUUACUGCUCUUUUUGCAUUGUGCAUGUUUGGUAGGGAACACUUGUGUUACUCCAGAAUUCACCACAAUAAUAUAAAUAUGGCACUAA